AAAAUCAAUAAUGAGCGCAUCUUCGUGUCGAUGCAGGAGGACGGCUCCGAGGACGACCUCUCGUACAUCAAGCUCAUCAACUACGGAGACAAGGUUGUGACGAACCGGAUGCACGGCUACCUGCGGAUGCGAAUCGCCCAGUUCCUCUCGGUGAUCCACCCGACGCCGCACGUCAUCUACCUCUCCCGCCACGGCCAGUCUGAGUACAACGUCCUCGGGAAGCUCGGCGGCAACCCGCCCCUCUCCCCCGCGGGCCAAGAGUACGCGCGCAGGCCCGCGCAGCCGCUGCAGCUCUCUCGGUGGCACGCGACUCGCGCCGCAGCUCUCUCUCUCUCUCUCCCGGACGCCGCCUCUGUAGGCUCGCGCAGUGGGUCGCCGCGCGUGUACCGCAACCUCGACGAGAUCUUCGCGGGCGAGUACGAGGGGAUGACGUACGAGGAGAUCAAGAAGAUUGCGCCGAGCGAGGCGACACUCCGCUCGAUGGACAAGAUCGGGUACCGCUACCCGCGCGGCGAGUCGUACUUCGACAUCCUCGCGCGGCUCGACCCGCUCGUGCACGAGCUCGAGUCGUACCACGAGCCGCUGCUGCUCGUCUCGCACCAGGCCGUGCUGCGGCUGCUCUACUCGUACCUGAUGGGCAAGCCGCGCCACCAGGCGCCGAAGGUCGAGAUCCCGCUCCACACCGUCAUCCGAAUCACGUACGACGGGUGGAACCCGCCGUACGAGGAGCGGUUCGUGCUCGGCCCAACCGCCAAGGGCAUCCGCAACGACGGCACCAUCGACGAGGGCGUCCUCGAGGACGGACAGACCAACCUCUGACGGGAGAGGGACGGGAGAGGGCGGCGCUGCUAGGCUUGGGCGAGGGGGCCGGCGGAGAUAGGGUUCUCGAGCGCGGUUUCGGGUGACGGUGCCCUCGGGCGGCGGGACGGGGACGGGCCGCUUUCUCUACGGCUCAGCUCGGCCAAGGAAGAUCAGAGAGACAUAAGCGAGGAUGAGGAGGAAGACAAAGGUGGAUUUGCUGCUUCAUCGUGUGCGGUGUCGCCGGACGCCGCGCGAUUCCCAGACACAUGUACAUGUUUGUUGUCGUGUGGUCACUGUUGUGUAUUAUGAGAGCCAUCGAAAGUAGCGAGUUGGCGGUGUGGUGCGCGCGGUUUAUGUUCACACCUCUACACUCUAGCU